AUUACAUAGAGGGAGCAAGGUCCCGGAGAAAGCCAAUGAGAACUGACCGCGGGCGGCACGGAGCGAUGACGCCAAGGUGUCGGUGAAGGGAGCCGGGUCUUGCGCACUGGGGAGCGAUGAUCCGCCGGGCGCUGCAAGUGGGCUUCUCCCGUGGAUUGCUGACCCGCGGUCUGCGCACGCGCAGCGGAGGCCCCUUUAACGACAGAGAUGGGAAAUGGGCAGAAUUUAAGAAGAAACUUCAAGUGUUCUGGCCUGGAGGGUCCUGGGAACCAUUUACUGACACGAGCCACCUCCCCCCAGAACAUGCAGAUGUGGUGAUUGUAGGGGGCGGUGUGAUCGGUUGGUCUGUGGCCUAUUGGCUGAAGCGGCUGGAGGCACGAAAAAAUGCUUUAAGGGUCCUAGUGGUGGAACAGGAUCCUACGUACUCAAUGGCCUCCACUGGGCUUUCCAUAGGAGGCAUUCGGCAACAGUUCUCGCUCCCUCAGAACAUCCAGCUCUCUCUCUUCUCCAUUGAAUUUCUCCGUAACAUCAAUGAAUAUCUUGCUGUUCCUGAUGAGCCUCUCCUAGAUAUCCAGUUUAAUCCUUCAGGUUAUCUUUUACUGGCUUCAGAAGAAAAGGCUGCAGUGAUGGAGCACAAUGUAAAAAUACAGAGGCAAGAAGGAGCCAAAGUUUGUCUGCUGUCCCCCAAACAACUCAAAGACAAAUUUCCCUGGAUCAACACAGAAGGCAUAGCCUUGGCAUCUUAUGGUCUGGAGAACGAGGGCUGGUUUGAUCCAUGGUGCCUGCUUCAGGGACUGCGCCGAAAGGCUCUGUCGAUGGGGGUAUAUCAUAGCCAUGGGAAGGUCGUAAAUUUAGUCUCUUCAGUAAGGUCUAUGAUGACUUCCAGUGGAGAACAAGUAGACCUUAAAAGGAUUUAUGAGGUCCAUGUGAAGGUGGACAACAGCUUGGAGUGCCAACCUGUGGAGUGUGCUAUAGUGAUCAAUGCUGCUGGGGCCUGGUCUGGGGAAGUAGCAGAGCUGGCUGGUAUUGGUAUUGGGUCCCCAGGUACUUUGCAAGGCACCAGACUUCCUGUGGAGCCAAGAAAAAGAUAUGUGUAUGUUUGGCAUUGCCCAGAGGGGCCUGGCUUGGAGGCCCCAUUACUUACAGACAUCACUGGAAGCUAUUUCAGACGAGAAGGAUUAGGUGGCUACUACUUAGGUGGCUGUAGCCCCAUGGAGGAAGAAGAACCAGAUACUAAAGAUCUAGAAGUAGAUCAUGACUUCUUUCAGAAAAAGGUGUGGCCCUAUCUGGCCCAAAGGAUUCCAGCUUUCAAUUCCCUGAAGGUCCGGAGCGCCUGGGCUGGCUUCUAUGAUUAUAACACAUUUGACCAGAAUGGCAUAGUAGGCCCCCAUCCACUGGUCUCCAACAUGUACUUUGCCACAGGCUUCAGUGGCCAUGGGCUACAACAUGCCCCUGGUGUGGGACGAGCUGUGGCAGAAGUACUGCUGAAUGGAAAUUUCAACACUAUUGAUCUGAACCCAUUCUCCUUCAACCGAUUCUAUCGGGGUAAAAAGGUCCUGGAGAACAAUAUCAUCUAAGCUUGUCUGUCUACCUCUGUCCAAGGAGAAGAAGCUACUGAUAGAAAUAUUCUGAGAAAGUUAGGGCCAGCAUGCAAGUCUCAUAAUACUCAGGCCUUCUGCCUUGCUGCCUCUGAGCUGUGCAACCCAAGCACUGGGAGGAAACGGGCAACUGAGGCUGGUUCUCGGGACUUCUUCCGGAUCAUAGUUGGAGCUCACUCCCAACAGGAAAUCAAAUGGUCACAGUACAUUAAGGGUGCUGAAAGGUCCAAUGCCAGGUAUUUACUUGGCACCUGUCCAAAGAGGUUCUCAACAACACAGCAGUCAAGGUCUGGGCAUUUUGGGAUAGUCUCUACUCGAACCUGUUGACAUUACUUUAUCUAUUCAUCAGUCAAUUAACUCAGUUAACUCCUUCCCCACCAACACACUGUAUCCUCUUCUUUAAAGCCAAGAUUAGGUCCUUUGAUAACUGUCAGCUGUACCCGACUUUUUAGGACAUGGAAAACAUUGUUAGUAGAGUGGUGAACUGAUCCAACUAUUUUGAGAUUAUUCUUGUGUCAUAGUCCAUAGAUCCUCCUGAUCCAGUCAUCUUACUAUGGCUGCUAGCUAGGAACCCAUAGUCCUUAGAAAACAGUGUGAGGAAAGCAAGCAGGGAGCAAUUGGAGAGAAAGAAUGAGUUAAAUUUCCCACCCAUUGACCAUAGCUCAAUAUUUACACGUGAAUUAUUUUUCGGAAAAAACCCUAAUUGUAAAACCCAAGUUUUUGUCUAGUAAAAAUUGUUAUAUGGUAAACAA